CCUCCUUCACUUGGAAACCUCACUCGAUUGGUGGAAUUUAAAAUUUCUUCAAAUUCUAUCAUCGGUGAGUUACCUCUUUCACUUGCAAACCUCACUAGAUUACAGGUAUUUGACAUUUCCUCUAAUCUAGUCAGUGGUUCCAUACCCAAAGGAUUAGGUAAUUUAACCAAUCUUUCCAUCUUGGAUUUGUCUUUUAAUAAAAUUAAUGGUUCUAUAGUGCCAGAAAUUGGAUUGCUAAAGAAUUUGUUGCAAUUGGACCUACAAAAAAACAAUCUCACUGGUCCAAUCCCUUUGUCUAUAGGUCAUCUAACCAGUUUGGUUUCUUUGUCUCUUUCUAUGAAUCAAAUCAAUGGUCACAUUCCACUAGAAAUAGGCAACAUGAAGAAUUUGAGUUACCUGUACAUCGAUAAUAACAAGCUCAUUGGUCCCCUCCCUUCAUCUCUUGGUCAUCUAACCAAUUUGAUCUCUGUGUUUCUUGAUUUGAACCAAGUCAAUGGUUCCAUUCCUCCUGAAAUAGGCAACAUGACGAAUUUGGAAGACUUGCAUCUCAAUAAUAACAAUAUUGUUGGUCCAAUCCCUUUGGCUAUAGGUCAUUUAACUAGCUUGCAAACUUUGUCCCUUAGUGGGAACCGCAUUAGUGGUUCCUUCCCUGUGCACAUUUUUAAUUGCUCUUCACUCUCCAACAUAAUAUUCAGCCACAACUACUUAACUGGAAGCAUUCCCUUUCUGAACAGUAGCCUUUUUCCAUUAAGAUGGAUUGACCUCAGUUAUAAUUCUAUUAGUGGAGGAGAAAUACCUCUUACGGGUUUAGAAUUUUUGGAUGUCAGCUACAAUAACUUCAAUGGCUCCUUUCCUAACUUAAUAGGCGAUAUGGAGCAUCUGCGUUACUUCAACCUUAGCAAUAACAAAAUUGUUGGUCAAGUUCCUUCUAUUAUAGGUCAAUUAACUAAGUUGGAUACGUUGUCCCUUAGUUGGAACCAAAUCAGUGGCUCCAUCCCCAAAGAAAUAGCUGAUUGCAAGUGGUUGAGUGAAUUGUUAUUGAGCCAUAACCACUUAACUGGAAGCAUUCCAUCUCAAAUUAGUGACCUUCAGUUUUUAAAUGCUAUUGACCUAAGUUAUAAUACUAUCAGUGGGGAAAUUCCUUCUAAACUAGGGGAUUCACAAACUUUAAAGAUCUUGGAUCUCAGCAACAAUAAUCUUACUGGAAAUAUUCCGGAUCUUUCAGAUUUAAUAUCUGAAGUGAACUUUUCCCACAAUUCUUUCCAUGGUCAGAUCCCAGAUGGCUACUCAUAUUAUGCAACUUCAAAGUUCAUCGGCAACAAAGAUUUAUGUGGUGAUGUCGAAGGCUUCCCUCCUUGCCCAAGAUCCAUUGUCCAUCAAAUAAAAUUUUUUGUUCCCUUAAUUGCUUUCACUAUGUUUUUACUUCUUGGGUAUUUUUUCCGCUCUCGAUGUAGAGUUAGGAAAAUGUCAUCUGAGUCAAGGGAAACAAAGAAUGGGGAUUUGUUCUCAAUAUGGAAUUAUGAUGGAAAAAUUGCAUAUGAAGACAUCAUUGAAGCAACAGAGGACUUUGACAUUAGAUAUUGUAUUGGAACAGGUGGUUAUGGUAGUGUUUACAAAGCACAGUUGCCUAAUGGUAAAGUGGUUGCCUUAAAGAAACUUCAUCGCUUAGAGGCUGAGGACCCAAAUUUUGACAAGAGUUUCAGAAAUGAGGUCAAAAUUUUAACAGAAAUCCGACAUCGAAAUAUUGUGAAACUGCAUGGUUAUUGUUUGCACAAACGAUGCAUGUUUUUGGUCUAUGAGUAUAUGGAAAGGGGAAGUCUAUUUUGUGUCCUACACAACAAUGCUGAGGCUGUAGAAUUGGAUUGGAUGAAGAGGGUGAACAUAAUCAAAAGUACAGCACAUGCAUUAUCUUAUAUGCAUCAUGAAGGUGUCCCAAUAAUUGUUCAUCGAGAUAUAACAAGCAACAAUAUUCUAUUGAACUCUGAGUUAGAGGCAUUUGUGUCAGAUUUUGGCACGGCUAGACUCCUUGAUUCAGAUACCUCCAAUCAAACUUUAAUGGCUGGGACUUAUGGUUAUAUUGCUCCAGAAUUGGCCUAUACUAUGAAGGUGACUGAAAAAAGUGAUGUUUAUAGCUUUGGAGUGGUGGCAUUAGAAAUAUUAAUGGGAAGGCAUCCAGGCGAACUCUUGACAUCAUUAUCAUCAUCUCAAAGUGUGAUGCUAAAUGAAAUAUUAGACAAGCGUCUCCCACCUCCAAAUCGUUUGGUUGCACAGGAUGUUUUUCUUGUUGCUGCAAUUUCAUUUGCUUGCUUACGUGCUAAACCAAAGUCUAGGCCAACAAUGAAAUUAGUGUCUCAAGAAUUUCUUUGUCACAAGAAACCAAUAAUGAACUCCUUAUGUGCAGUUUCAGUAUGGCAGCUAAGAAACCAAGAAACAUAUAUGGUUGGAGAGAGUGAAACCCAUUUUGAAAGUCCUUGUUUUCUGGUUGAGAAAGAUAAUGUUUGAUGAGCUUCUAUGAAAAAAUUGUUGUGUAUUACAAUAACAAUAGCUUAAAAAUCCUGUUUGUAAGUUGUAAUUGUUGUUCUUUAUGAUUCGUAACCUGUAUUUUGUAAUAUGAAAUUUAAGUCUUCA